AUGGAUAUUUUUGGUAUUGAGAUUCCAUUCGCUACAGUUGUUUUGGGUCUCUUCGCUGCUUAUUUCAUCCUCGUUCUCAUCUUUUUCUGGAUCUGCAGCAAUGUAAAGCCUGAAAAGUUUAUCCAAAGGAGGCAUGCAGUUAGCUCUGAUGCACUUCAGUCAUCACUGCCACUGUUUUACAUGGACUGUUCGGGAAUUUUGAGAUGCUGCCCGUGCAAAGAUAUCAGUUUCCGACAAAUUCUGAAAUCAUGUUGCUGCGAUUCGGAGAAAUUUUGGCGUAGUGUAAACUGUGAAUGCAUACGACCAGCGGUACAUGGAUCGCAGACUGUCGACGGUUUAAACUGUGUGUGCUGUCAGGUUGGUGGUACCAGUCAUGGAUUGGCAUGA